CCGCUAGGAUGGACCAUAAUUGGAGACGUCUGUCUGUCAGGACAACACAUUCCUUUAUCUCGAAACAAUUCAAACAAGACUUUUGUCAGUGACAAUGGUAGGCCUACAACCUUGGAACCUUGUGAUCAGUCAGUCAACAUCCGUAAUAAUUUUGUAAACACUUACAAGACACAAGUGACCAAAUUAAACAUUUUUGAGACUACAAGAGAAGACAACAAACCAGUACUUUCCAUAGAAGAUUAGAAAUUCUUGAACAUUAUGGAUAAAGAAUUUCACCUGAACUCAGAGGGAAAAUGGACAGCACCUUUGCCAUUCCGUUCACCACGUGAACCUAUUCCAGACAAUUAUCAAAUGGCUCUCCGGCGUGCUAAGUCUUUGGAUGCUUCCUUACAUCAUAAUGAAGUAAAGAAAGGCCACUUCCUAGCAUUUAUGCAGAAGAUAUUGGACAAUAAACAUGCAGAAUUAGCUCCAUACUUACCCCAUAAUAAAAAACGCUGGUACCUCCCUCUUUUUGGAGUGUAUCAUCCACGCAAACCUGAUCAGAUACGAGGAGUCUUUGAUGCAUCAGCAAAGUAUGAAGGAGUCUCCUUGAAUGACCAGCUUCUGCAGGGUCCUGAUCUCAUCAACAAUCUGUUGGGAAUCCUAAUUCGCUUUAGGAAACACAUGGUAGCUGUUGUCGCUGAUGUCCAGCAGAUGUUCCACUCCUUCCUGGUAGAAGAAGAACAUCGUGAUUACCUCCGAUUCCUGUGGCACAAAGACAACAAAUUAGAAUAUCCACUUGCAACUUACAGGAUGAGAGUACACGUGUUCGGAAAUCGCCCUUCGCCAUCAAUAGCAAUGUAUGGACUUCAACGCAUAGGGGAGCUUUCUGCAAACACCCAUGGACCAGAGGUAAAAGAGUUUAUCGUCAAUGAUUUUUACGUUGACGAUGGUUUGAAGUCAUGUCCUACGGAACAAGAAGCUAUUGAUUUGAUCCGUAAAACACAAGACGCAAUGAAAGUGCAUGGAAAUCUAAAUCUAAGACUCCAUAAGUUUGCAUCGAAUAACCAGACAGUAAUGGAUGCUUUUGACUCUCAAGACUUGGCAAAGAACCUAGUGGAGUUAGAUUUUGAAAAGGACACACCUACCCAGCGUAGCCUUGGCCUCUUAUGGGACUUGAAGACAGAUACCUUCAGGUUCAGUAUAUCAGAUGAGAGCAAACCAUCUACUCGGAGAGGAAUUCUUUCCUCAGUCAACAGUCUAUAUGACCCAUUAGGAUUUUUAUCUCUAGUUACCAUUAGUGGGAAGAUCAUCUUGAGAAAAAUCGUAGCAUCUACUUUAGACUGGGAUGACCAACUACCAGCUCAGUUAGUUGAAGAGUGGGAGACAUGGAAAUCGGCACUUCCUGUCUUAGAGAAAUUGCAAAUACCCCGUGUCAUAGUACCUAACCUCAAUGAAGCUGUUUCUAAAGACCUUUUGGUUUACUGUGAUGCCUCAGAACUUGCUAUCGCAGCAGUCUGUUAUCUCAAAGCAACUUAUGCUGAUGGUUCCUCUUCCAUAGGAUUCCUGCUUGGCAAGGCAAAAGUUUCUCCACUGAGUGGCCAUACUAUACCGAGGCUGGAGCUUUGUGCAGCUGUCCUCGCCGUGGAAGUUGCACAGAUUGUGGUGGAACACUUAGGAUUGAAAUUAGACACUAUAAACUAUUUCAGUGACAGUCGUGUAGUGUUAGGCUAUAUCAAUAACGAAACCAAGCGUUUCUUCACAUAUGUUGCUAAUCGCGUCGCACACAUUAGAAGUUUCAGUAAACCAACACAGUGGUUCUACGUACGCAGUGAAGCAAAUCCUGCUGAUGUCAGCACAAGGGGAAUCCAUCCAGGUGACAUGCAGAACAGUACUUGGCUCCGGGGACCUCAAACAGUAUGUAUCUCAGCAGAAGAACAUGCAACACUUGUAGACACUACUUACCCUCUCAUCAACCCCGAUGUUGACAAAGAAGUUAGAAGUAACAAGUUAGAAAUCGCUCAGAAGGUCUCCUUUGGACUUGACAAUGGCAGAUUCUCUAGAUUUUCCAGUUGGAAAAGGUUAAUUUUGGCUUUGGUUUGCAUACGCCGGUUUAUUCAACAACGUCGGAGUGCGAAGUCGGCCAGUUUCCAUAAGAUGAAUGAUGUUGAUUUGUUUCUUGACACUGAGCGAAUUGUGAUCAAAGAUGUGCAGAGGAGUGUUUAUCAGGAAGAGAUUAACUGUCUGAGAUCUUCCAAACCUUUGAAGAAAAGCAGCCCUAUUUUCACACUUGACCCGUAUCUUGAUGCAGAUGGGCUAUUACGUGUAGGGGGACGCUUGAAACAUUCACACGUCGAUGCGAUGUUCAAAAACCCAGUAAUCUUACCAGCCAAGCAUCAUAUUGCAACCUUGAUAACUCGGAAGUGUCAUCAGGAGGUAAAGCAUCAGGGUCGGCAUAUUUCUGAGGGACGCAUUAGAUCAUCGGGCUACUGGAUAGUUGGUGGAAAGAGACUUUUAACUUCCCUGAUGUACAAUUGUGUUACGUGCAGAAGGCUACGGAAACCUCUUGACCACCAAACAAUGUCAGACUUACCUUCAGAGCGCAUUCUCCCUGGAUACCCACCAUUCUCCUUCAUUGGAGUAGAUGUCUUUGGUCCCUGGGAGAUCAUAACAAGAAAAACUAGAGGUGGAUCGGCCAAUAACGAGAGGUGGGCAGCCCUCUUCACAUGCCUAGCAACUAGAGCAGUCCAUAUUGAAGUUCUGGAGGAUAUGACAACAUCCGCAUUCAUAAAUGCAUUCAGACGAUUUGUCGCUAUUCGAGGCUGUGUUAAAAUCAUCCGUUCUGACAGAGGGACAAAUUUUGUGGGUGCAGUCAAUGAAUUGAAGAUCAACACAAUCAACGUAGAAGAUGGACCUAUACAUGACUAUCUUACCAAACAAGGGACUACAUGGAUCUUCAACCCCCCACACUCCUCACACAUGGGUGGAGUGUGGGAGAGGAUGAUUGGGACUACUAGACGGAUUCUUCAUUCCAUGUUGUUGGAAUAUGGAUCUCACAGUUUGACACAUGACGUGCUUACAACUUUUUUAGCAGAGGCAUGCUCUAUUAUCAACUCGCGCCCACUAAUACCCAUAUCAAAAGAUCCAGGAAAUCCACAUAUUUUGACACCUUCAACUUUACUCACCCAAAAGUCGGACGUGAUUGAUACAACCCAUGUGAACUCUGAAGUUGAUCAGAAAGACCUCUUAUGUAAACAGUGGAAAAGAGUUCAACAUCUGGCUUCAGUGUUCUGGAAGCGUUGGAAAGUUGAAUACCUUAAUGAACUGCAACGCCGUCGGAAAUAGAAUCUCCCCAAGCGAAAUGUAGCUGCAGGUGACGUUGUACUUAUUCGCAACAAAGAACUCUGCCGAAUAAGUUGGCCAAUUGGACUAGUCGUUAAGACUGUACAAAGCGACGAUUGACUCGUACGAAAAGUUUUGGUUCGUGCUAUCAUAGACAAAGUACCAAGAACUUCUGUACGUCCAGUGAAUGAACUUGUUGUGUUGGUGCCAUGUUAAGUAAAUGAUGUUGCGAUAAAAUUUUUAAACGGUUUCAUGUAUGUUAUUCCAAAGAAACUGAAUAUGUUUGGUUACAUGCAUUUUGAAAAGGUAUUUUUUUGUAUUUGUUAAUUAGUGAUAUUUUGUUGUAACAUGCAAUAUCAGACGAGGAGUGUGCUGGCUUUUCAGUCCGGUAGUAUUCCGGAAUUUUUAUACCUGUGUUGGUUCUUUCUGUUUACUGUACGUUUACUUUAGUAUUUCCGCCCAGGUUGCUGGCAAGAUUUGUUCCCUCUUUUAUCAUAGUUUUGUCUACUUCACAUGCUCACAGUGUAAGUAAAUUUAUUUGCAUAUGUAUUUUUAGGCAUAGAAUUACUGUUUCCUAAAUGUACACCUUGCAGUUUGUAAUAUUUUGCUGUAAAUUAACUUUUACUGUAAUUGUUUAGUUUCGCGGGAAAAAUUUUCUAUGGAUGUCCAUUAUAGUCAUUAUAUGAAUUUCUACAAGUUCAGUAUCGCUCUAUAUCUCACUCUGUCAUAUUUAUAAAUGAACAAAGAUGUGGUUUAAAUCAGUAUUAUUGUGUCCAGUCUUUAAUUCGAGUCAUUUGUUUACAAUAUUGUAAUUAUGUCUUUGUAGCUUUCCACCAUGUUCACCAUGUGUUAACUGGCUGUAUAUAAUAAAGAGACAGCACACUCAUUCUCAUUCAGGCCAUCCUGAAGACUUCCUUGGCCUAAGUAUGCGGUGGCACCUAGGCCGCACAAGCAUUUCCCUUCUUUCUGCAGCUGACGGAGUCUCUGACACCAUCCGAUGCAUGUCCUCAGACAAUCUGCUGUACGUUGCAGAUUAGGCUACGAGCAGGAAGAUCAGCUGUACCACAUAAGAGGUAUCCAGUGCAAGUAAAAUUUCCACGAAAUCAUAUUCAAACAUCCAAAAACCAGCAAUCUGAAGAAACUCCAACGCAACCCAUCCAGCCAACUUACAUACAGCCACUCGAACCCAGGAAGCCAACACAACCAGCAGGUGACAUACCGUUUAGGCAAACAUGGGAAAUGUGUAACAACGCCAUAAAUACUAUCCAAGGGUCUACAUUACUUACAAGUUUUCAGAGGACUUUUCCUGAAAUGCCUGUACUUUAAAAUGAGAUAAUUAGGGUUUUGGAGGGAUCAGUUAGACCUGUAGUCCAGAAUUAUUUGAGGAUGCUCCAGCACCAUAUAGAGAUGUGUAAAGCAAGGGAAAGUACUUACUGUACAUUCAAAUAAAUACCAGCAGUACAUAAGUCACAGAACUAUGCUUUAGAUGUUACUAUUUUAAACAGUCUUAUGCAAUUUCAGUUAAAAGUGAUUACAAAUUGAUUAUAGAUAUGUUUUAUUUCCUUGAAAUAGGCCACAUGUGGAGAUUUUCCACUAAGGCACCAAGACUCGUCAGACCUCUACAUCAAAAUACUUAUUUGUUAAGAGGUCUGGCUUAUAUAGGGGGUAGCGCCGAUGAACGAGAAAUAUAGGGGACAAUGCCUUUUACAUGUAGUGUUCAGCUUUAAGGGCGAGUAUUGUAUAAACGUGCCAUUCGAAGGCUCAGAUUCUAAACCAAUUCCAAGUUUUUCCAAGUCACAAUGUCCGAGUAUGAGGAAGCAAAGCUGAAUCUAUUAUAGUCUAUACCAAAGACUAACUCAAGGACGCUCUCAACAGGUCUCAAGGGAUCCGAAAUUUCAAUCUACUUGUGCUAAUACCGGUAAUAUGAAUUACUUGGCCGACGCAGUAAGUUUAUUCUAAAGUAAUGAGAUAAGUAGGGUUUUGGAGGGAUCAGUUAGACCUGUAGUCCAGAAUUACUUGAGGAUGCUCCAGCACCAUAUAGAGCUGUGUAAAGCAAGGGAAAGUACUUACUGUACAUUCAAAUAAAUACCAGCA